AUGCAAACCUCGCCGCUAGCCAACCCAUUGGUUACUGUAGCCCAACUAGAGACCUCAGGAUCACAGCUCGACAGAUUACCGCCGGAUCUCGAAGACUCAGUCAAAUAUGCUGGCGCGAGACUUACGCAAGCUGCCGGUGCACUGCUCAGACUGCCACAGGAGGUUAUAGCACAAUCAAUCAUUGUGUUCAUGAGGUUCUGGGUUGGCGCAGAAGGUGGAAGCCUGGCCGAGUUUGGUGCUGGCCAAGUGUCGGCUUCUUCGCUAUACCUCGUCGCUAAGCUUUCCGCAUAUCCAAAGUCGGCGCGUAGUCUCGUCAACGUCUACGCAUAUCUCGAUGCUUUCCCUCUUCCUCCCAUGGACGCUGAGCCGGAGGAGAGCAAAGCUGAGAUGUACUACGUCUCCGAAGGCAUAUUCGAGCGCCGACGAGCUUCCCUCUACGAGACCGAACAGCGCAUUUUGAAGACACUCGGCUUCCAGGUACAAGCAAAGUUACCGUAUACCCUCUGCAUCACGUACAUGCAAGCGCUCGAUGUUUUCACACACCCACGCGCCUCUGAGCUCGCCAAACGCGCAAUUGCACACCUGAAUGCUGCUCUGCUAAGCCCUCAGCUUCUGUACCUUACACACCAACCCCCAAGCUUGGCCACCGCAGCGAUAUAUCUGGCGGCGAAAGAAGCGGGUAUCAAAUUGCCGGAAGUUGAGUGGUGGGAGGUGUUCGAUACGGACAGAGAAGAACUCGGCUUCCUCUGUGUAGGGUUUCUAAGCAUAGAAGGAUUUGCAGAGCAAGAAAAGGAAAGAUGGUUUGGUCGAAGGGUACCUCUCACAGUUGAGGAAGUAAAUGCUGAGAUGAAGAGGCGGAAUGAGGGCGCUGCGUAA